AUGAGCUACAGGCUUUCCCUCCUCGGCAUGCUCGCCGCCAGCGCUCUGGCAUUGCCUUCGGUUCUUGAGGUCAAACAGCCCCACUGUGAUGGCUAUUACGUCGUUGAAAGACACGGCUACACUCAUCCCGAACCAAUCUUCAACGCUAGUAGCAUCACCGACACAUUCAAGGGCUGCGUCGAUGCGCACUUGGUCAAGCGUGCCGGAUACGACACCAAUGUGGAACCGAGUGAUGACAACUGGAUGGACAUCGGAUAUGCAGACCAUUACCCGCAUGACGACCUGUUGAGCCGGAUUCCGGAGAUCUGCAACUCCGUCCAGUGCGAUGAAUCGAAGAGCAUCACCGACCGUGUUACUGGCAAACUUACUAUGCACGUGCAUGGAAACUAUUACCGGCCUGAGGUUCGCGACAAUUUCAUUGAGCUGAUCAAGGAAGCCUACCGCAGGAGCCAGCACCGCGAGGCAGUCGUGCCGGAAUCGCUCGGGCGGUUCUUCACCUAUGGACCCCGAAGCAUGUUUGCUUCCAGCGGUUUCGGCGACUACAGCGGGUAUUUCAUGGCCGUGUACAUCAGCGAUACACCGGCAGAGACCCCUGGCUGUCCCAAGGCGAUAAAUGCAAUCAACACCGUCGGCCCCCUCGUUCCGGAAUUGGCACCGGUUUUUGGAAUUGCUGGCGCUGUCUGUGCCCUCCUUGGGUGA